UCUUUCUAAAAAAACUUGCUCUUUUGUAGAGAAAUCACUCAUCAUAUGAUGUAGCAAAAGUGACAGAGUCUCCACAGCUUUGAACUAUUAUUCCAUCUGUUCAUGGCAGCAUCAGCUCUCACAGUAAGAAAAGAUGAUUCUGGAAAUAGAUUGAAAGAACUACAAUAAAAAGAAGAAGUUGAGAACCACAGUAAAAGGUAGAUCGAGCCACUCGAGUUUUCUCAAUCUUUAUUGAAGCAGAUAAAAGAAAUAUGCACACAAGAAGAACAAAAAGAAACACACAGCACCUGCACGUAAAUGUCCCCACAAAGGAAAUAAAGCCGAUAGAAUCCACAGCAAGCAGUGUGCAUGAAGAAGAAGGAAAGCUACUUAUUCCAUGGCUUCUUUUUACUCCAACUGCUGGAGAUAUAAUAUGGCUACAUCGAUCGCCAUGGCAGAGAGGCAGGCAAACGGCAAGCUCUUCUGCCAUGGUGAUCCUGCGUUUGGCCCCUUCGUUCUCCCUGGUUCGCAGGCCUACCACCGUCUCCAUGCAGCACUCCGAUCUGAACACCCAGAGAAAACGAUGGAGGCAGCCUCAUGUGUUCUUGGAUACGAUGGACACCACCUUGUGCCAAUCCCACAAGGACUCGCCCCUGUUCCCCCCUCUGAAUCAGGCAAGUUCUUCUCUCUUCUUCGUCCUCGUGUUGCUGUUGAUCUCACGAUGAGGGAGGUUUGUGGCAGAGUGUGUUGGCAAUCAUAUGUGAUGAUGAGCCAGGGACAAAUCUGUACCCAUUGACCAAGAGAAGAUCCAAGUCUGCCAUCCCCGUGUCUGCACAUUACAGGAUCAUUGACUUUGUGGUGAGCAACUGCAUCAACAGUGACAUCACGAAGAUGUAUGCUCUAACUCAGUUUAACUCUACCUCUCUAAAUUCUCACAUAUCGAGAGCUUAUUCUGAUGUUAAGCUGGGGAAGGAUGGUUUUGUGGAGGUGUUGACUACAUACCAGAGCGCUGAGGACCUCAGUUGGUUUAAGGGAAAUGCUGAUGCGGUCAGGAGAUGGUUGUGGCUGCUGGAAGAGCAUCAGGUGAAGGAUUUCUUGGUUCUCCCUGGUCACCAUCUCUACGAGAUGGAUUACAGGAAACUGAUCAAGGCUCACAGAGAUAACAGAGCAGAUAUAACUAUUGCGAUGGCUAACAACGAUCGAAACUACGAUGCAAGUCAUGAUUUCCUUCUGCACACCAGCAAAAACCAGUUUCAUGGUCUGAUGUUAGCACCAGCUUCAGUUCACAGUCCAUCUGCAGCAGUCACAACCACUACAAAAUACCCGGUUUCGAAUGCUGAGAACAUGGGGAUAUAUGUCAUCAGAAGGGAUAUUUUGAUCGAACUUCUGCAGGAGCAGCUACCAAAGGCAAAUGAUUUUGGAACAGAAGUAUUACAGGGUGCAAUUGCCUUGGGAAUGAAGGUUCAUGCUUAUAUGUUUGAUGGACAUUGGAAUGAUCUCAGAAAUAUCGAAGCAUUUUACCAGGUCAAUAUAGAGAGCAUAACUAGAUCGAUGAGCACCAACUUCCAUGGCAGGCAUCCUGCAAUCUACACAUUGCCAAAUUAUCUGCCACCAACUACAAUAUCCAAUGCACUCAUAAAGGACAGCAUUAUUGGUGAUGGUUGCCUCCUAAAUAGGUGCAAGAUCAGUAACUCUGUGAUUGGCACGCGAACAUAUGUCGGUGAUGAUGCAGUGAUCAAGAAAUCUGUGGUUAUGGGGAGUGACAUCUACGAGGCAGAUGUGAGUUGGAACAUGACAAAGAUGCAACGCUCAGAAAUCCCAGUUGGAAUUGGUGAAAAAGCUCAUGUUCAGAAUGCGAUAAUUGAUAAGAAUGCGAGGAUAGGAAAGAAUGUCAAGAUUGUAAACAAAGAUGGUGUCCAAGAGUGUGACAGAGAGGCAUCUGGAUACAUCAUAUCUGGAGGCAUUGUUGUUGUCCUCAAGAAUGCAGUCAUACCAGAUGAUAGCAUCCUAUAAUUCCUCCACAUAGUUUAGCUCAGAUUUGUUGUCGAAUUUAAUUAAAUUUUGGCCAAACAAGGAAUAGAAAUUUAUAGAGAAAUACUGGCAUACAAAAAAUUUAGGAGCCAAAGUCACUGUUUUGAUCCAUGUAUUUUCCUCAUAUGAGGGAACACAAAAAAAUUUUAGUUCAAUAAAGAGUCAUACAAUUCACUUCUAUUC